AUGUCCUAUGAUAGAGCAAUCGUUAGCCAACUUAGCUCGCUUGCCCUUCACUCCAAGAACAAGAUAAUCGUGGGGGUCGACUAUGGCACCACGUUCACAGAGGGGCACAAAGGAGCGAGCUACGUGAGCUCCAAGGGAAGUGGCUUAAGCGAUAUCAUACUUAUCAGCACCUGGCCCGGACCCUCGAGGGAUACUGAGACCGUCUUCAAGGCGCCGUCCCGGAUUGCAUAUGCCAGUGAAAAUAAUUCACGGGUUACAACAAAUCGCUGGGGUUACCAGGUCGAACCGGGGAUGCUAUCGUACUCAUGGACAAAACUGCUGUUAGACCAGGGCACCCCGCUUACUCAAUAUGAUGAUAGGACUCUUGAAACUGCUUCCCAGACUGGCAUUCUGAAACUGCCCGAAGGGAAAACAGCGGUUGAUGUCGUUGCUGACUAUUUAUCCGAAGUCUAUCAGCAUAUACUUAAAACUAUCUCCAAGAAUAUCACAGAGGAUGACCUGCGUAUUACUCCACUCGAGUUUUGGCUCACUGUCCCUGCCAUUUGGUCUGAUCGAGCACUGGAUGCUACAAGGACUGCGGCUCAACGGGCUGGAUUUGGGAAAAGUCCCUCACGGCCAAUGGACCAGAUAUUUCUGAUCAGCGAGCCAGAAGCAGCGGCGGUCACAGCGCUGAAGAAGUACACCACCAGCAGUAUAGGAGGAUCGGUCAAGGUCAGCGCCUGUCCUGUUACUUGUUCACGAUCCAUGUCUCAUUACCGUUUUCAGGCAGGAGAUGGAGUUCUUGUCUGCGACUGUGGCGGUGGCACCGUGUGCGGAUCGACUGCGGUCGACCGCAAUUUCUACAAGCUGAUGUCAGACCGUUUCGGCGAUGCGUUCGACCGUUUACCUCGAAAACGGAAAAGUCCUGGCAGUGAAUUUAUGAGGAAGUUUGAGAUCAUCAAGAGAGACUUUGGAAAUUCUGACGAAGAUACCACUUUCGAGUUGCCUCUGAAUAUGACCGUGGAUAAUCCAGAUCCAGAGUUCUUCGAUGAAGAGGAGCGAUUAGUCCUUAUUUCCAGUGCCGACCUGCGCUCCAUCUUUGAUCCUGUCAUAGAGCGAAUUGUUAGUCUGGUGCGACAGCAAAUCGCCGAUGCUAGACAAGAGACUGGCAAAGAUGUCAUUAAUAGAAUCGUUUUGGUUGGCGGAUUUGGCGACUCCGAGUAUCUUCGCAAAGCUUUCAGAUCCUCGUUUGAGUCUACAGGCAAGAUCACUAUCACCGUCCCUGAUAGUCCACAAGCUGCCAUUGUCCAAGGAGCAGCACUGCGUGGUUUGGAGGGUCUCCAAUCAACAACGAAGCGAUGCCGUCGACACUACGGCUUCAGUUGGAAUAUCCCCUUCCGUGAUGGAAUCGACAGUGAACUUGAUGCCAUUUAUGAUGAAUAUGAUGACAUGAAAAGGGUGUCUGGCAUCAUGGAGUGGAUGAUUGCUAAGGGAACAACGUACACGGAUAAUUACAGUCUCACUGUGUCGGUUUGUCGGGCACACUAUGAAAAUUCCAGCCUGAGGAAAGUCACAACAUUAUACGCAUGCGAUCAGUCGGAAGCCCCGGAGCGCCAAGAACACAAAGGUUGGUCUCAUAUACUUCCAAAACGUAUCCUCGAAUCUAACAAAGGCACAGCUGUGUAUGAGGUUGGCAACAUUGCUGUGGACUUUUCCAAUGUUGAUUUGGAAUUGUUUCCCUCCAAAGUGAUCAAGAACAAGCGAGUAUAUAAACUCAACUAUAAGCUCAGAGUCACCUUUGGCGCGCGUGAGGGUGUGCUCAAGUUCGAAGCCGUUAGCCAGGGCCAGACUGUUGGUCAGACAAGCAUCAAUUUUAGUGCAGCCAAGUACUAUUGA